GAGACCCUUCGGUCAUUCGUCUGCGUUGCGAACUCCCCCCCGGUGCACGACGGCAAAGAGCAACCCCGCAGAUCUCCAACAACUCAAAACGCCAUGAACGCCGUGCCCUUUUCAUCUCCCGAUCAUAAUAUGGAUGACAACGGCCCCGGAAGCGACACGGACUCGAAUCCCGACGAGCCCGCGGAGUAUUACCAGCCGAUCUCCGCCGUCGAUGACGCCAGUUCCGAAUCGGACUCCUCCGCCGAUCUCCCACAGCGUCUCCCCAACGGCUACUGCGUGGACAACGGGGUGUCGUCGCUCAGCGUGAACGACAGCUUCGAGCUGAAAAGCAGCGAAGAAGAUGAGGCCGACGACGACGAGGAGGAGGUAGCGGAGGAAGAGGAAGAAGAGAGAGCGAGGGAGGCUUAUGAUGCAGCGAUGCGCAGAGCGUUCAGGGACGAUGAGACCCGGAGGAAUGCGCCGCUGACGCCUCACGCCGCCACGAGAGUGAUGGAAGCCAUGCGCGGGGUGUCGUUUGGUGGACUGGCUCCCGAUUGGGCCCAGAGCGUGCCCGAGGAUCAGUGGAUCGAGCGUCUCCAGAGGCUCCGGCAGCCACCGCACGCCUCCGAUUGACGGAAGUAAGGGGAAUUCCGUAUGUGCUAUGGAGGUUAGGAUAUAUUCUUGUCUCGAGUGAUUAGUGAUUUGAUGCGCGGCUGAAUGCCCAAAAGUUGUUUGAGGAAUUGCCCGAGAGACCAUGAGAUUGGAUGGACAGCGCAAGGUUUUUCUCCAUUCAGCAUUCAUUUCCAUAGUACUGUCGAACAUACUGUUCUUGAAUGAACCGGAGUGCACAUUCGAGUUUUAGCCUAA